GAUCUGCUUGAACACACCGAGUGCUCGUUUCACAACACUUUUCAGAUGUUUACAUGCCUUUCUCUAGUGGCCAGCGUUUCAGUAGUAUUGUAUUCUUGCACGCCCACUGUCUGUUACACAAACUUGUAUCAUGAUUUCAAGAUCACUCCGGUCAUAGAAGGCCAUCGAGGCGUCUCUCUUCUUCAAACAGCCUCGAACAGCGCUUCGACCUGUCGAUUCAGGAUGUGGAUUCCUAUGCUGAGUUUGACUGCUCUGCCACACGUUGGUGGAAUAUUUGGAGGUUUAAUUACACGGAGGGAGGUGAAGACCUGGUACACCACGCUCAAUAAACCCUCGUGGAGGCCACCUAAUGCUGCCUUUCCAGUGGUGUGGACCACUCUCUAUACUGGCAUGGGCUACGGUUCAUACCUUGUGUGGAAAGAGCUUGGAGGAUUCACCCAGGAUGCAUUGGUACCACUGGGGCUCUAUGGGAUGCAGUUGGCGCUUAAUUGGGCCUGGACCCCCAUCUUCUUUGGCGCUCACAACAUUAAAUUGGCAAUGAUAGAGUUAGUGAUGCUGACCGGCACAGUGGCAGCCACAAUGGUGUCUUGGUAUCCCAUCAGCCGCACUGCAACACUUCUCAUGGUACCAUACUUGGCCUGGCUCUGCCUCGCUAACAGCCUCAACUACUGCAUUUGGAGGGACAAUCCAGACCCCAAAAAAGAUGACUAAAGAAGCCAAUAAAAAGAAACACUAUUAUAACUAACACUGACUAGAACAAAAAUGCAACCUUUUUUAUUUUGCUUGUUGGCCAUUUUGAAAUUUUAUUUUUUUAAUCUUCACUUAAAAUUUUGUAAUAUCAGAAAAUUCACAAUGUAUCUUAAUCAUAAGAGAAGGAAAGGCAGUAAAAUGAGAAUGUUCUAAUGCUUCCAUUAAUUAUAUAAACUCAUUCCAUCAAUUCACUUGAGUUCAGCAUUUUACACAAAUCACUUUAUAGGCUCGUCAAACUCAAAAUAUCUCUGAUUGACAACAGAAAAAUGUUUUGCUUGUUUCUUGCCAAAUUUUUUAUGAAUAAAAAUGUUUAUGUUUCUUUGAAGGAAA